AUGACUCCACCAACAAAGACCAUCGCAGUAGUGGGUGCGACCGGCACCCAAGGCUCUUCAGUAGCUCGGACAUUCCUGACUCUCCCAGGCUGGUACGUCCGCUGCCUGACCCGACAGCCGGCUUCCGAGAAAGCACUCCAGCUAGCCGAGCAGGGCGCCGAGCUCUUGCAGGCCGACCUCGCAAGCGAAGAGUCCCUGCGUCGAGCUUUCAGCGGAGCCCAUGCCAUCUUUGUCAAUACCGAUUUCUGGAUCCCAUACCGCCAGGCUCUCGAUUCUGGCGCCGAUGCCUUGACGAGCUCGCAGCACGGCUGGGACACGGAGAUCCUGCAUGGCGAGAACGCGGCGCGCGCAGCGGCCAGCGUGUCUACCUUGGAAAGAUUCGUGUACUCGGCGCUGGGCCCUAUAAAGGCUGCCUCUGGGGGAAAGUACGCACAUUCGUAUCACUGGGAUACCAAGGCGCACAUUGUCGACUAUAUCGAAACGGCUCUGCCCGCGCUGUCGAAAAAGACAUCGUUUAUCUAUAUUGGCGCCUAUGUCUCCAACCCAUUUCUUCAGCCCAAGUUGCAGCCAGACACUGGGAAAUAUAUUUCUGUUGUCCCGACCACAAAGGAUACCCGGCUACCGAUCAUUGAUACCGCUCAGUCAACGGGGCCUUUCGUCAGAGCACUGGUGGAGGAUGAGGCGCCGGGGACGAAGCUCUUAGCAUACGAUGACUACCUCUCUAUUGAUGAGAUUGUCUCUGUCUGGUCGAGAGUUAUUGGGGAACAAGUCCAGUUGGUUUGCAUGACGGUCCAAGAGAUGCAUGACACCAUGGGUAUUCCUAUUGAAGUUCUUGAGGGGCCUGCGUUCGUUGGUGAAUUUGGCUAUUGUGCAGGUGUGUCGGGUGUGAUUGAGCCAGGCCAGCUCAGAUCCCGAGUGCAGAAAAGGCGAUUUGACGAUUGGUUGAAGGAUAGGGAUUUUAGGGACUUGCUUGGGUUGGCGAAGUAA